AUGAAGCCUACGAAACGAAGCGAUGCAGUGCCUGUUCUCUUCAAUAUCAAGUGCCAUGUACAACAGCUAGGCAAUAGUGUAAUCUUUGCCGAUAUUUCUCAUCGAAGUGAAUAUCCUGAAGAAGAAGAAGUCCUGUUCGAUUUGAGUACAGCUUUUCAAGUUCAUAGUGUUGAACACGAUGGAGAAGUGUGGGUGAUCAAUAUGACGGUAACGAAUGAAGGACAAGUAGUUGUCCAAGAUUAUCUCGAAGCGACACGUCGUGAAACGGAAGAGUGCAGUGUUGGAAUCAUGUUUGGUAGGCUGAUGUGCAACAUGGGUCAAUAUGGCAAAUCUCAACGAUACUUUGAACAGUUGUUAAUCAAUUCGAAAGAUGAAGAUCCGGCAUGGGUCGAGUAUAAUAUUGGUCGAGCACUUCACUUCAAGGGAGAAUGGAAGAAAGCACGAAAAUACUAUGAUAAUGCGUACCAGCGAAUGAUGAAUAUUAAUCCACAUCGAGUACUCAACAAUAUUGGUGCUGUGCUGAAAAAUGAAGGAAACUACGAUGAAGCUCUUGUUUUCUAUCAGCGAGCACUAACUAUACGAGAGAAAUAUUAUCCUAAUGGUCAUCUUGACAGUUCUGCAAGCUUGAACAACAUUGGUCGUGUGUUGGAAGCUCAAGGAAAAUGCGAUAAAGCACUUGAUUUCCAUCGAAGAGCGCUGAUCAUACAAGAAAAAUGCUGUCCGAAUGGUCAUCCAGAUAUUGCUUAUAGCCUCAACAACAUAGGUCAUGUGCUGGAAAGUCAAGGAAAGUACGAUGAAGCACUUGAUUUCCAGCGACGAGCACGAGUCAUACAAGAGAAAUAUUUUCCUCCUGAUCAUCCUCAUAUUGCUACGAGUUUCAACUAUAUUGGUGGUGUGCUGCAUUGUCAAGCAAAGUGCGAUGAAGCUCUUGAUUUCUAUCGAAGAGCGCUGGUCAUACGAGAGAAGUACUAUCCCACUGGUCAUCCCGAUACUGCUUUGUGCCUCAAUAAUAUUGGUCGUGUGUUAUACGAUCAAGGAAAGUACGAUGAAGCGCUCGAUUACCAUCGGCGAGCGUUGACCAUGCUCGAGAAGUAUGAGUCUAGUAAGCAUCCUGACAUUGCUUCUACUCUUAACAACAUGGGUGCCACCUACGAAAAGUAUAAUCGACCAAAAGAAGCACUCGACUAUUAUCAGCGAUCUUUGGCAAUAUACCAAAAAGUUCUACCUGCCGGCCAUAUAAAUUGUAAGACAGUUGAAAAGAAUAUUCGUCGGCUCUCAUCUAAGAAUUGA